AUGGCUCAAGCCAAUAUUUGGAUGCAAAGUGGUCCCAACGACGAACUUAAUUAUAUUAUCGUUGGAUUGGGGAACAAUGGAGGAGAAUCUGGAUGCUAUAAUCUACAAUGUGGCUUUAUUCAGAUUGACAGUGAAAUUGCACCUGGCCAUUUAUUUACUCACAUUUCUAAAUUUGAUGGACGUACUGUUGAUGUAAAAAUCAAGAUAUUUCAGGAUAAAGCAACAUCAAAUUGGCUGCUUUCAGUUCUUGAUGAAGAAAUAGUAGUGGGUUACUUUCCACCGAAAUAUUUUCCAUAUCUAAAAUCUGGGGCUCAAACAGUCGCAUGGGGAGGAGCAGCCUAUAUAGGAAAUGACGGAAAUAGCCCUCCCAUGGGUAGCGGUUAUCUCCCAGAUGGCAUCUAUAACCAUGCUGCCUAUUUUCGUAAACUCACUUAUUUUGACAAUCAAUGGGUGCUGAGAGAGCCUUCAACUGGUACUCGUUUAUUUCAUCAUUCAGAAAAAGGUCAUUGUUAUGGGUUUAAAAAUGGCACAGCUCAGGGACAGUUUUGGGGUUCUAAUUUCUUUUUUGGAGGACCAGGAGGUCAAAAAUGUGGAAAAAAUUAA